UUGGGAGCUGCCCAAAGGAUGAGAUGGUUGGUCCUCUCUGUUCUGGUCCUUGCUACAUUCCAGCCCACUCACAACGCCACUGUCAGCAACUGCGAUGGCAUCUGCGGAAGACGACCCUUGGCAAGCAGCCAUAAGUUGAUGCAUAUUAUGGGCGGCAGCGAUGUUCUUCCAGGGACGUGGCCCUGGACGGUCAGCAUCCAGACAAAAGGACGAGGGAAAGUCUACAUCCAUUCCUGCGGAGGUUCGCUCAUUGGCCCCCAAUGGGUCCUCAGUGCAGGUCACUGCUUCCCAAAAGGAAAAGACCAGUACAAGCUUGUUCUUGGCUCCAGCCGGCUCACCAAUCUGGGCCCUGAGACUGAGCAGCGCUUCAUCAGGACACUGGUGAAACACGAGAGGUACGACAACAAGCUGAAGCAAGGAGAGGUGGUGUAUAGAGACAUUGCCUUGCUGGAGAUGGACGAGCCCAUCAACUGCAGUGACUACAUCCAGCCAGCCUGCCUGCCUGACAAAAGCCUGCCGGUUUUGACGCUCGGCCAUUGCUACGUCAGCGGCUGGGGCGGCCUGCUGCCAAAAAAUUUCACUCCUCCUGACAUCAUGCAGGAAGCGCCAAUGAAUAUCUUCAGCAGAAAAAAAUGUGGGAACUGGUGGCGCCGGAAGAUCCCUACACAGAACAUCUGUGCUGGACACGAAGAAGGAAAGGUUGCAAUCUGCAAGGGUGACAGCGGAGGCCCCCUGAUGUGCAGGGAAGAGAGGUCUGAGCGCUACUGGGUGAUUGGAGUUGCCAGUUUCGGACCCAUGUACUGUGGCGCAGCGAAGGUGCCAAGCGUCUUCAUUUCCACGCAGUACUAUCUAGGCUGGAUCGAAAGGAACUCUAAGCUGCAGCUCUCAGCUCCCAGACCCACCCCGCUGCUGGCGCAGGCCACAAAAUCGCACAAACCCAGGACUUCACCUAUCACAGCCAGGCCAAAAAACCACUGGCCUCUCUGGGUGAGGCCCCCACUGUGGAGUGGGGGGCUUCCUCCCUGGGUAAAGACCACAACAUCCUCCAUCCCUCCCUGGAUGAGGGAGAACUAUGGGAGGCGCCCAAGGCCUGACCACAGGCCAGGGUAUAGAUAUCAGCAGCCCUGGCCCCAGAUGGCACCUCAAAGCCAGUUCGCAGAUCUACCAGGGUACUACCCUGGCUCCGAAGACUACUACGAUCUGCUUGUGCCCUCAGGAGAGCAGGAUUGAGAGGGGCAGUUGGGGCAGGCAUUAUAAAGCAGAGGGGCAGGUUAGAGCUCACCAUGAUAGGCCUCGGAUAUUCUAUAGAAUAAUAAAAUGAAGAUGGUUUGAGCAA